ACUGGGCCUGUCUGACGCUCAACGUGGUAGUCUGUACUGCUCUAACAUGGGUGUUCUUAGGACAUUAGUAUUGUUAGUCCUGGUAUACACAUGCAGCGGUCAGUAUACCUACCCAGUGGACGACACACCCGGACUAGGCCGGGUAUUUGAUGGUAUUGGUGCCAUCAGCGGAGGAGGGGCUACAUCCAAACUCUUGGUCGGCUACCCACAACAACAAAGAGAUGAAAUCCUGGAUUUCUUGUUUACCCCGAAUUUUGGAGCAUCACUUCAUAUUUUUAAAGUUGAGAUUGGUGGUGAUGCCCAGAGCUCAGAGGGCACGGAGGCUACACACAUGAGGAGCCCUGAUGACCAGAACUACAACAGGGGCUAUGAAUGGUGGAUGAUGAAAGAAGCCAAGAAGCGUAACCCUGACAUCAAGCUGUACGGACUCCCGUGGGGGUUUCCCGGCUGGCUAGAAGACCCUAUCAACAGCGUGUAUGGUCAGCCAGAACGUACAGCGCAGUAUGUGGCCAAUUGGGUCAUUGGUGCCAAGAAGCUCCACAACCUGACAAUAGAUUACGUUGGGUGUUGGAAUGAAAGAUUGUACAACACGACAUAUAUCAAGACUUUAAGGAAAGUCCUGGACAGCAAUGGCCUCCAAGACACGCUCAUCGUAGCUGCAGAUUACUUCCAAUGGGACGACUUUGCAACUGCUAUUUUGAAUGACCCUGAACUUGACAAAGCCAUCUAUGCUAUGGGAGUACACUAUCCUCACACUAACAGUUCUUCCCUGGCUCAAAAGUUGGGCAAACCUCUGUGGGCAUCGGAGGAUACAUCUGAAAAAGGCCCCGCUAACUGGAAUCGAGACUAUGUAAACGGGAACAUCACAAGCACCAUCGUGUGGGCGGCUCUGUGUAGCUGGUACUCCUUCCUGCCUCACUUCCCGUCGGCACUUAUACUGGCCAAUGAACCUUGGAGUGGACAUUAUGAGACCUUUGAUUUCCUAUGGCUUGCAGCUCAUACUGGCCAGUUUACCAAGCCCGGGUGGACCUACCUGAAGCACGGGUACGGGGUGGGGAAGCUGGUUAAAGGAGGCAGCUAUGUCUCUCUGAUCAGUCCGGACAAAAGGACCUUACAAUCAUCAUUGAGAAAAUGGCAAGUAUCACCCAGCUCAACAGUUGGAAAACAGUAUGAGGUGGGUGAAGAGCCCUACGUCCUGGCCCCACAGACUGGGUCAUUUGAGGUCAUGGACGUCGGAGGCACUCGUGGAAAGGUCAUGCGACAGAUGACCUUGCAGCGACCUGUGACCUGGUGUCAAGCAGAUUAUGUUGAGAUGGGCGUGGCCGUUAUUCAGACUGGCUCGGGCGAUGUCGUCCUUGACUGUGACAUUAAAGUGCAAUCCGGUGCGAAUGCUUCUAAGGGAGCCUUCAUCGCCGCUCGUCUGGACCAAGGAGGAUGCUGGUUGACAGAGACAAAGGGUGUCUUCUUCUUCAUUUUCCCCAGAGCAACAUAUUCAUGGUCACUACUGGAUUUGGAUACUCAGGCGACAGGUUUCAUCAAUGGCAACAUGGUGUUCAAAAUUACUGUUCCAUCUGAUAUCAAAUAUGGCAUGGUGGCAGUAGGAUCGGGAUCGUAUGGUUAUGCAGACUUUGACAACUUGAAGCUAGAACUACCUAAUCUACUGACAUACGUGUUCGGGGACGAUGGUGGAUUAGGAAGACGGUUUGACGGGAUCGGAGCAAUCAGUGGUAGAGGAGCAACAUCCAAACUGUUGGUCAACUACCCUCAAAAGCAGCGGGAUGAAAUACUCGACCAUAUGUUCAAGCCUGACUUCGGUGCUGCUCUGCAGCUUCUUCAAGUGGAGAUCGGUGGAGACAUGCAGAGUACAGAGGGGUCGGAAGCUUCUCACAACUGUGAGAAUAUAAGUCAAUUUCUGCGGGUAGUGUCUUCACAUAGGUGCUCCUUUUACAUAAUACCUGCACAAAGAUUGAGCUUAUCAAGCGUGUUUGUUAUUUCUACCCGAAGUUGUUCACUUUGCGGUAAUAUGGACGUCGUGGCAAGGAUCGUGCUGUUGUAUUUCGGAGUGCAGGGUUGUCUGUGUUCUGAGAGACUGACAUAUGUGUUCGGGGACGAUGGUGGAUUAGGAAGACGGUUCGACGGAAUCGGAGCAAUCAGUGGUGGAGGGGCAACAUCCAAACUGUUGGUUAACUACCCUCAAAAGCAGCGGGAUGAAAUACUCGAUUAUAUGUUCAAGCCUGACUUCGGUGCUGCUCUGCAGCUUCUUAAAGUGGAGAUCGGAGGAGACAUGCAGAGUACAGACGGUUCGGAAGCUUCCCACAUGCGCCAACCUGACGAAGAAAACUAUGAAAGAGGCUAUGAAUGGUGGAUUAUGCUGGAAGCUAAAAAGCGGAACCCCAAUAUCAAGCUGUACGGCCUGCCCUGGGGUUGGCCUGGCUGGGUGGGAGGGGACACAGGGGACGUGUACGCCAACCCUGAACAGACAGCCAUGUACAUUGUCAAGUGGAUCCUGGGUGCCAAGUCGAAAUACGGACUCUACAUCGACUACAUUGGUAUAUGGAAUGAGAGCCGGUACACGACCACCUACAUAAAGGUCCUCCGGAAGAUGCUAGACCAACAUGAUCUUCAGAACACCCUGAUUGUUGCUGCAGAUAACGGCAGAGACUGGGACCAGAUAUCAUCUCAGGUUCUAGCUGAUCCAGACUUAGCUAACUCUAUGUAUGCUAUUGGUGUGCAUUAUCCUGGGACCAACAGCUCUCUGCUAGCUUUGGACACUGGAAAACCACUGUGGGCCUCAGAAGAUGCUUCUCGCAGCCUAUUUUUACGCUGGAAUUUAAACUAUGUCAACGGAUUCAUGACUGGUACAGUAAUAUGGCCAGUACUGUCGGCGUUCUAUGAGGGUCUUCCUCACCAAGGGGCUGGCUUCAUGAACGCCUCAGAACCAUGGAGCGGCUUCUACACAGUUCCAGUUGAUGUGUAUCUUGCAGCUCACAGUACCCAGUUCACGAGACCUGGUUGGACGUACUUGAGACACGGUUCCGGGGUCGGUAGAUUCAGUAAUGGCGGCAUAUACGUGUCUUUGGUCAGCCCGGAUCAGAAGGACUUCACCAUUGUCAUUGAGACAGUUAAUGACAGCACUACUGGUAUUCCAGCUGAUUCAGAGAAUGUCACCUUGCAGCUUCAAGGCAGCUUUGCUUCGAUUACAACGCUGACUGUUUGGUUCACUCAGCUGAACAUAUAUAAUCUUUCAGACUCUUACGUCUUUGAGAAACAACCACCUAUGCAGGUCAUAGAUGGGAAGAUAAACAUGAACCUUGGCGUAAACCAGGUGUACACACUGACCACCCUGACGACAGGAGGCAAGGGCUCCUACCCUCCUCCUCCUUCGUCUAAGCCAUUCCCUCUGCCAUAUAUGGAUGAUUUUAAUGGUUACAGUGAGUAUGAGGAACCGUACAUGAUAUCUCCUCAAACUGGAGCAUAUGAAGCCACGACAGUGGGUGGUGAACAUGACAAGGUGAUGAGGCAGGUGACCACACGGAGGCCGGUGUCCUGGUCCACUUGGUGUCCAAUAGAACAGGCUGGAGUAUCGCUGGCAGUGGUAGGCGAAUAUUACUGGUCUGAGACAUACAUCCAGUGCCAAGUGUCAAUCAACUUGACGUCACCUGUCAGAGCCGAGGGCGUGUUCCUGGCCGCCAGAGUGGAUCAUGGAGGGUGUCACGCGGACAACAACACAGGGGUCUUCUUUUACUUCUACCCAGAGAACAAGACGUAUCUGAUCAGCUCUGAUCUUGAGAGGAAGCACGUCCUUACCAAAGGAAUCAUCAACAAUGUUAACAUAUUAGAGUGGAAUGUGAUCGGCCUGUUUGUUCAGGGGACGACAGCGGCGGCAUUUGUCAAUGGUGAAAGUCUUUUCCACGGAACACCAGUUCCUGCAACAAUUAAGUCUGGAUUUGCUGGUCUCGGAACGGCCAGUUUUGGAGAAGCUGACUUUGAUAACUUUAUGAUUUCUCAACCUGAAGAAGGGAUUAGAAGAAUGAAAGAGUCAUACAAGAAACAAAAGAUAUAAAAAAUAGAUAUUUCAUGCCCCUUAUUGGUUCUCUGUACCGAAGGAACCACGGUUUUUUCAGUUUCUGUCCAUAUUCCUUACAAGGCAUACAAAUGACAGGAGACAGUUCCAGCUUAAUUCUUUGUGAAUUCAAUAAUAAAAUAAAUACGUGCUAACUUUA